AUGAAGUUUGAAGAGGAGUUCCUGUCACUUCAGGCCGCAGAAUGGAGACCAAACUAUCUUCCCUACAGACGGCUGAAAGCUAUGCUGAAGUUAUUGGCCAAAGGAGGGCAUCCGCCGUCAUAUAAAAUUAACCUGAAAGGUACGUUUGACCUUGCGGUUGGUGGAGUGAAAAUUUGCGUGUUGUCUGACUUCAUGCUAGAUUUUAUGUCGGCUUUUCGCUGUGCUCUUGGUAAGAUAAAGGUGUUUGUAGAUACCCAGUUGACUACACUCAAGGGUAAAGAGAGCAUUGUAUUGGAGCCUUAUAAACGAGUCCGUCAUGGGGCAGCGUCAUUGGCCGUGGAUGAUGAGUACUUGAUAUACGGUGAACUCCUUGAAGACUACAACAGGUUACACAUGUUCAUUAGAUUGAACUAUGAGGCCUCUCAAAGGAUAAAUUCUAAAGCCGAAAAAUUACAGAGGAUAUUUCAAACAACACCAUAUUGUGGACUCGAUGGCCUUAUUGAGGAGCAAGCAGUUUGUGAAAGGCAGUGUUUGACGGAGGUAGAGAGACUACAAAGAAUGAUCAACAGCACGAGGCAAGGCAGCAAUGCUCUGUCUACUUACAACUUGAUGAGUCUCUCUGAGGAGUGUUCUAACGCCCGGAUUCUCCUUACUACUAUCAACAAUGAUAUCCUUGCAAACCAAUCCAUCAAUUUGAGCAGUUUAUUGGGAAAGCUCCAGCGCACACCAGGUAUUUCCAAGGACAUAGUCGACGAAGUUUUUAACACAUCUUUGACAAUGUCAAUCAUAUGCCGGUCUUGGUCAUGUACUACAGCUUUAAUCGAGGACCACCCUGCAGAGACAAGAUCUUUGGUCAAUAGUAGCUGGCUCAAUGGUCUUCUCUUGGCUAUAUUCCGACAUUCUCGUCUAAGCCCAAUAUCUUCCCAUGAAAAGGAUGCACAGAUGAGAGAGGAUUUUGACCCUCAAAACUUAUGUAUGAAAUUGUUUAAUCUCAUACUCAACCAUGCCGGGAUAAAGGCCAAGGAUCUUUUAAUCACCCCGGAUGCUGCCGGAGCGAUUUCUCUACAAUAUAGUGCUCAAAUUGGACUCCCGGUGAUUUGUGACUUCAUCAUAAAGUAUAUAGAACAACUGGGAAUCUCACCAAAAUCGGCCAUAUUGGCUGCAAAUACAACAGGUAUAACGCCGCUCCAGUGGUCCGUUGCACGGGGGCAUGUUCAUGUCACUCGCAUAUUCCUGGAUGCCCUAUAUGUCGGCAUAGAUGAGGCCAGCGAUAACACACCCAAUGACCUGCUAGCUAUCGCCAUAGAAUACCAAAAUGAUGAGCUAGUCCAGCUUCUAGCUUCCAGGUGUACUAUGAUCAAUCAAUUCUCUAGCAAUGGAGAGACAUGUUUGCAUGUCGCUUCCCGGGUUGGUAGGAGGGACUAUGUUGAUACAAUUUUGGAAAUUACUUCUCAACAAAAUUCGGCAGUUGAUGUCCAGGAGAAAACUUACGGAUGGACACCAUUGACUAUAGCCAGCACACGAGGAUAUCUCCCAAUAGUUGAAGCUCUCCUUCGCGCUGGUGCAAAUGAGCUACUAUCUGACUAUCAAGGCUGGACAGCAAAGGAUCACGCAGCGUUUAGGGGUCAUUUUGCACUUUUGAAUAGGCUCAAGACGAACAAGACUAUAACACCAACAAUCAAAAACCCUUGCAUAACUACAUCACCUCCUAAUCUCAUGGGUGAUACCGCAUAUCUAAUUGUCAACCUAGGGUCAGUGCAAAAGGACAGAGAAAUCAGCCCCUUUGAUUUGGAUCAUGCUUCAACGAUGUCAAGUCACAUGUCACCUGAAAGUGCACUGAGUCUAGAAAUUUCCACCUCCAGGGGUCCUGCUCAUAUACUGAGAUUACCCUUUUUAAGGGAUCUGGUUGAUGAUAUCUUGAUUUUUCCUACUAGCGACCCGUUGGAAACUAAUCUUGUGUUUAAACUUCUCAAGAAUACUUCACAUUCAAGUCUGGGCAAUACACUUAUUGGCAGCGGUGUAGCUCUUUUAUCAGGGAAAAAGGAUGCGAAUAUUUCCCAUCAUAAGAGCCUGAUUAGAGAGAGCACCGUACCGAUCUUGGAGAAGGAAACCAUGGAGCUGAUAGGAAAAAUUACAUUUACAUUUUUCAUUGCGACCCCUUUCCUAGAUUUGAAUACUCGAUCCUCAAGUUUUGAGUAUCUAGAGAAAACUCGAUCAACACAGUUAAUUGGACAUCGAGACCGUGACUAUCUUCAGCUAGGGGAGAACACUAUUCAAUUUGAUGUACAGUUGACAAGAGAUCUUAUACCAGUUUUGUACCAUGACCUGUCUCUAAGCGAGUCAGGAACUGAUGUUGCAAUCCAUGACUUGACAUUGAAACAAUUCAUCCAUGCUAGCGAUAUGCAAUUAUCGUCGAAAAAUGACGCCGAUAAUUCCAGAUCACGCUCUCGAUCUCUGUCUCGAAACCACAAAGCAGCGGAAAACGAAGCCAGAUUAAGAAUGAAGCAUACGUUAUACUUUUCUAAUAAUGGGUACAAACCCAAUACACGGGGCGACUUCAUUCAAAUACCCCUUGCAACUUUAGAAGAGGCUUUGCUUAAUGUACCCGAAGAGGUUGGAUUUGAUAUAGAGCUAAAAUACCCCCGUAUCCAUGAAGCGCAUGCCAUUGAGAUGGCCCCUAUAGCUAUCGAACUUAACACAUUCGUCGAUACGAUACUCACUUUGAUAACCCGCUACGCCGGCUCUCGCAACAUAAUACUUUCAUCCUUCACCCCUGAAAUUUGCAUUCUUCUUGCAAUCAAACAAAAGGCAUACCCCAUUUUCUUCAUUACAAACGCAGGAAAGCUGCCUGUAGUAGAUAAGGAGGAACGAGCCGGAAGUGUUCAAGUUGCUGUCCGCUUUGCAACCAAAUGGGGCCUGGCUGGAGUCGUUUUUGCUUCAGAUGUGAUAGUGAUGUGUCCGCGGUUGGUGAACUAUGUCAAAAGCAAAGGCCUAGUUUGCGCUACUUACGGCCCAUUGAAUAAUAUUCCAGAUAAUGUCGAGGUGAGCUUAUUAUAUCCAUUUUCUUUAUUAUUAUCCAGUGGUUGGUCUAUAAAAAUUUACUAA